UUUAUUUUUAUUUAUUUCAGAAACACCAGUAAACAUACAAGAAGUAUACAAACAGACAAUGAUAACAUAUGCUAGGGGGUACAACAAAUUACAGAUUAUACAAAGACCUUAAAAGACACACGUAUCGGUACCGGUGCCCCCUGUAUUUAGCCUGGUUAUUAUUAUGUACUUUUUUGUGUUACUUUUUAUUACUUUUUUUUUUUUUUUACUUUAGUUUAUUUAGUACAUAUUUUCUUAACUAUUUCUUGAACUGCAUUGUUGGUUAAGGGCUUGUAAGUAAGCAUUUCACGGUAAGGUCUACUACACAUGUUGUAUUCUACACAUAAUGUAAAUGUACAUGUUGUAUUCAGCGCAUGUGACAAAUACAAUUAUAUUUGAUUUGAUUGUUUUAACAGCUUUCUUAUUGGAAGAAUGUAGAACGUCUUAAUGUACUGCUCGAACUCCUUAUAGAAAACAUGGAAGUGUGUUUUUUUAUUUGUGAAUUUACAUUAAUAUGAAAUGUGUCCAUUAGCACAAUUAGAUUGAAGAGGUAAAACAUUAUUCUUUCUCCUUAUUAUAGUUAAGGAAACCGAGCAGAGGGGCAGAACCUUGCCAAAACUCCUCCAGUAUGACGUAUUAUUCCUGCGACUACCACCCCGAAGCAACAUGGAAGCCCACAGCGGUGACAAGCGUGGUCUUGAACAUUUAGACGAAUAUGAACCCAAACCAGCAAAACAUAUGCGUAGCCUGCACGAUCGCAUGGCGGAAAGGCGACUAGUAGUUAUUUUAGAGGGGGCAACGCUGGAAACAGUGAAGGUAAAGACGAGUAUUUUUCUAUUCCGCUCCGCAAUACAACUGGUGUGUUGGCAAACUACUGCUAGCUGCGUCUGACUUCCUGCGUUAUUGUAUGUAAACAAUUUAUAUAGCUUCCUGUUCAACCAGACCUGCCUGAUAUAUGUAUUAUAUGAUGACUAUUGCAUUCUUCACGAUAACUGUUUUUUUGUGACUGAAUGAACCAGGAUGAAACUAUUUGUUAUUAGUUAGCUCCUGCCUGCAAACACACUGAUGCAAGUCCUAAAGCAGGGUUUCCUAAACUCGGCCCUUACCUCUCAGGUUGGCAAGACAUUUGAGCUGCUAAACUGUGACCAACACAAGGGCAUGAUAAUUAAAAGUGGACGGGACCCUGGGAAGAUUCGACCUGACAUUACACAUCAGGUAAGCUGUCAUUUUCACAUUGACCCUUGGAACACCAAUCAUCUUUCUUUUUUUCUCCUCUAACCCUGCCAUAUCUUGUAAUUGUUCCCCAGUGUUUGUUGAUGCUGAUGGACAGUCCAUUGAACAGGGCAGGUCUCCUGCAGGUUUACAUCCACACAGAGAGGAACGCCCUGAUUGAGAUCAACCCACAGACACGCAUCCCCCGAACCUUCAACCGCUUCUGUGGCCUCAUGGGUAAGCCUGCUAUGUUCUGCAGAAUUUCUCUUCAUACCUUCUCUCCUACCGUCCUUCUCUCCUACCCCUCUAUUGUACUGUAUUUCUCCCCCUUUCUCUUGUUUCAUCCCACUUGUUUUUCUCUCUCCUCCUAGUCCAGCUCCUGCACAAGCUGAGUGUGAGGGCGGCUGACGGCCCCCAGCGCCUGCUGAAGCUCAUCAAAAACCCUGUGUCAGACCACCUGCCCCCUGGCUGCCCCCGUAUCUGUACCUCCUUCUCCUCUGGGGAGGCAGUGGGCGCCCGCACCGUGGUACCAGAGGAGGGGCCCGCCGCUGUGGUGGUCGGAGCGUUCGCACACGGAGCGGUGAGUUUUGCUUAAGGCUGUAGGUAAUGGCCCGUGUGCACUGAUCUAGGAUCAACUUAACUUACCCUCCAUCAUUACAGACCUUAGAUCAGUGUUAAGGGGCAUCUUCAUCCUACUUCUCGGGGGCAGAAGCACUGUUGAUUUAGGUAGUGUGUAUGUUAUAAAUGUUGAUUUUGUUUAUUUAUUCUCUACCAAUUAAAAAAGAUGGAAUUUGGUAAAUUAUGAUUUAUUGGUUUGAACUCUGCUUGUCCUCUCCUAGGUGAAUGUGGACUAUACAGAGAAGACUGUGUCCAUCAGUAACUACCCUCUCUCUGCUGCCCUCACCUGUGCCAAGAUGUGCUCUGCCUUUGAGGAGGUCUGGGGCGUGUUGUGAUGAAGUUGACAGCGCACUGCUGCUCCAGCUAAAACUGUUGUCAUCAUGGACAUUGUCGUACAUGGACUAGAAAUGGAUCGGACAGUCAUGUUCAGUCAAGAAACAUUGUACAGAAACAGUCCAAUUCACCAAUGACCUACUGUGGAUUUGUACGAUACUAUGGGUGUAUGUAUUGUCUAAAAUAUGGUAUUUUACAUGUUUCAACUAAGGCAAAGUUUCAAUAUGAAAUUAAUACUGUUUUUAAUACACCAUCUGUAAGGACUUGGCACCAAAUAUAGUCUUCCUACUUUUCUUGUAUUUGUUUUGCUUUUUUACAUGUAUUCAGUGCACCAUUGUUCGCAUGGUUAUACAGUGGAAAUAAACUGUAUAGUUUGUCCUCAGGUUUCAGUUGUUCCUUGUCAAAGAGACUAGGAAAGUAGGGAACAAAACUAUUCAACACUCAUGAUGGGGACAAAUCAUGUUUUGAUGUAAUACUGGUUGAAUAAUCACUCGAUAUACAUGUAAUUUGUGAGUAAUAAUAUAAUAAAACCAAUAAUAAUGAUUUGACAAAAUAUAACAUUGUAAGGUUACGGUAGUUUGACCUAAAUCUACUACUGACAUUACUCUUUUAGUCCAUACUCUCGGUCCAUUUCCACAAGGAAGCACGUCUUUUGGCAACCCUAGGUCGCUUUAUCUGUGGCUUUGUAUUGGGGGUUACAACCAUUUUGCGAGUUUUCUGAUUGGCUGCUUUCAAGGCCUUUCCUGCAGGUUUAGGGGCUUUGCAGCCUGUUUUUUGGACAUUGGCUGGUGAUUUUGAUGCUUGUCC